AUGUUCCCGACCAACCCUCUCGUACCCGACCAACCCUCUCGUACCCGACCAACCCUCUCGUACCCGACCAACCCUCUCGUACCCGACCAACCCUCUCGUACCCGACCAAACCUCUCGUACCCGACCAACGCUCAUGUUCCCGACCAACCCUCUCGUACCCGACCAACCCUCUCGUACCCGACCAACCCUCUCGUACCCGACCAACCCUCUCGUACCCGACCAAACCUCUCGUACCCGACCAACUCUCUCGUACCCGACCAACCCUCUCGUACCCGACCAACCCUCUCGUACCCGACCAUACCUCUCGUACCCGACCAACCCUCUCGUACCCGACCAACCCUCUCGCACCUGACCAACCCUCUCGUACCCGACCAACCCUCUCGUACCCGACCAACCCUCUCGUACCCGACCAACCCUCAUGUUCCCGACCAACCCUCUCGUACCCGACCAACCCUCUCGUACCCGACCAACCCUCUCGUACCCGACCAACCUUCUCGUUCCCGACCAACCCUCUCGUACCCGACCAACCCUCUCAUACCCGACCACCCUCUCGUACCCGACCAACCCUCUCGUACGCGACCAACCCUCUCGUACCCGACCAACCCUCUCGUACCCGACCAACCUUCUCGUACCCGACCAACCCUCUCGUUUCCGACCAACCCUCUCGUACCCGACCAACCCUCUCGUACCCGACCAACCUUCUCGUACUCGACCAACCCUCUUGUUCCCGACCAACCCUCUCGUACCCGACCAACCCUCUCGUUUCCGACCAACCCUCUUGUUCCCGACCAACCCUCUCGUACCCAACCAACCCUCUCGUACCCGACCAACCCUCUUGUUCCCGACCAACCCUCUCGUACCCGACCAACCUUCUCGUACCCGACCAACCCUCUCGUACCCGACCAACCCUCUCGUACCCGACCAACCCUCUCGUACCCGACCAACCCUCUCGUACCCAACCAACCCUCUCGUUCCCGACCAACCCUCUCGCACCCGACCAACCCUCUCGUACUCGACCAACCCUUUCGUUCCCGACCAACCCUCUCGCACCCGACCAACCUUCUUGUACCCGACCAACCUUCUCGUACCCGACCAACCCUCUCGUACCCGACCAACCCUCUCGUACCCGACCAACCCUCUCGUACCCGACCAACCCUCUCGUACCCGACCAACCCUCUCGUACCCGACCAACCCUCUCGUACCCGACCAACCCUCUCGUACCCGACCAAACCUCUCGUACCCACCAAACCCUCGUACCCCCACCAACCCUCUCGCACCCGACCAACCCCCCUUCGUACCCGACCCAACCCCUUUACCGACCAACCCUCCCCGUCCCCCACCAACCCCCAUGUCCCGACCAACCCUCUGUACCCGACCAACCUCUCGUACCGACCCCAAACCCCCUCGUACCCGACCAAACCUUUCGUUCCGACCAACCCCCUCGUACCCGACCAACCCUCUCUACCCGACCCCCCCCCGUACCCCACCAACCCUCUCGUCCGACCAAAACCCCCCUCGUACCGCCAACCCCUCGUCCCGACCAAACCCCUCGUACCCACCAACCCCUCGUUUCCGACCACCCUCCGACCCCCACCAACCCUUCAAGCACCAAGUAUAAUUCAGAAGAGAAUUUGCAAGCACACAGGAAAAUACAAGUCUGGGGAUUGCUUGCGAGUCCGUUCCUCCAAGCAGGCACAGAGAUCGCCCAUUAAUUAA